AUGGUAGUCAGGAAGAAGGAAAGAAGGCAAGGGGAAGCAUGCAAGACCGAGCACUCAGUUACCCAAGAGCGGAGACUCCAUGGAGCUUGUGAUAUGCGAACGCCAUAUGAUAAUUGCGUAGGUCUAGACCAACAUGAGAGACUGGGCCCAGAUGCGGGGAACAAUAAAAUAGAAGGAUAUGGCUGCUGGCUAGAUAUCAAAAGGUUAGGUUGUUUUGGAGUUCCGGCAAGCUGGAGAAUCCGGGAGUGGCGAACUCGCGUUCCCGGGCUUGGCCGAACAGUGCAGUCGAUCAAACCAGAGAAACACGCCAUUCCGAAGAAAGAGUCGCAGGGAGCUCGUCAUCCGGGACUUUGGGUCGGGAUCUUCUGGAGCGCCCGGGGACCUGGUAUCCAUUUUCGAAAAUCAAUGGCGUGCUUGAGGUUCUUGGUGGUGAAAACACGAACUGACUUCGAGAGCGCAUACAUGGGAGCACAAAAAAUCGGCUUCGCGUUAUACAAGGCCUAUGAUCUGCAUAUCGAUAUGACUACACUCUUGCAUGUCGAAGCCGACAAGUAUCGGCCAUACCCGACCGACCAUGUUCCGACAUCACAUUUGCCAGUCCUGAGACAGCUUGAAAGAAGCCGGGUGGCCUGGAGGCGGUUGCUUCUACUCGUAAAUGAGGCCAUCUUGAGUCAGGGGACUUCCCAUGGAGUCGUGGCCAGUGAUGCCCAGGUGUACCCUGCGCCGAUCAUGAAGUCAGCGAUGCUAAAACCCCAACCACAUAGCAGUGCGACUGGAGCCAUGUCUCAAUACCAACAGCGCAAGAUUACGGGUCUUGGGCUUACUCUUUCAGUACUUAUGUGGAAGCCAAUGUGGCCGUUAAGUUCUUCCGCCGCACCCCAACUAGUCCUGAUCAGCAAUGUUUCGCGACGACUUUCGGACGAAAAUAAUCGUCUCUUGGGGAGUUCUGCAAAGGAUCGGUUCUUCCGACUUUAG